GAUCUGCUCCUCCUACCAUAUAACAAUUCACCUUCACAGAAGCUCCUCCUCCAGAAGAUCAGCAAUGAAUGCUGGAACAUUUGCCCAUUUGUCUACAAUUAAAGAAAGCAUUUAUAAAGGAGACUGAGAAUAUGAGUGAUCCAGGACUCUGCAGAAUAAAACAUGAAGAUACUGAAGAACAAAGAGACUUGAUCAAAGAGAAUGAGACCGAAGACCUGAGUGAAGCAGAGGAGAAACCUGUCAAGACUUUGAGACACUCACAGGCUGAGAAAAUGUUUUCCCUGAAAAGAUCCAAAAAAUCUUUAACCUGCCUUCAUUGUGGGAAGAGUUUCACGCGUAAAGGAAACCUUAAUGAACACAUGAAUAUUCACACUGGAGAGAAACCACACACAUGUGAUCAGUGUGGGAUGAGUUUCAGACAUAAAAGAAACCUUAAUGAUCACAUGAAUAUCCACACUGGAGAAAAGCCACACACAUGUGAUCAGUGCGGGAAGAGUUUUGCCCGUUCUAGGUAUUUUAAAUCCCAUAUGCUCUCUCAUUCUGGAGAAAGACCAUAUAACUGUGAGCAGUGUGGUAAAAACUUUUCUCUGGCAAAUUCCCUGAAGAACCACCUGAUCGUUCAUUCAGAGGUGAAGCCUCACCUGUGUUCUUUGUGUGGAAAGAGUUAUAGUCAGCUGGGCUUUUUAACACAGCACCAGAAAAGACACAGCGGUGUGAAGGAUCAUUUGUGCUGUUAUUGCGGGAAGACUUUUAUUACAAAUAAAGAAUUAAAACAGCACCAGAAGAUCCACACUGGAGAAAAACCUUACAGGUGUUCACACUGUGACAAGAGAUUCAAUCGUCCGGGAAUCUUGAAAUCACACGAGAGGAUCCACACUGGAGAGAAGCCGUUUCACUGCCAUCCAUGUGGGAAAAGUUUCACUCAUUGUAGUUCUCUGCAGAAUCAUAAAAAAAACAAAUGUCUGAAAUAAAGCUGAAUUUAUGUCUCCCAAGUUCUUGAAUCGGCUUUUUCGACAAUAUUUCCAAGGCUUUGGUCAUCCCUGCUGCUUGUGCACCUUUUCUUACCACACUUUUUCCUUCCAGUCAACUUUCUAUGAAUAUAUUUUGAUACAGCACUCUGUGAACAGCCAGCUCUUUCAGCAAUGACCUUCUGUGUUGAUGAUUGUCUUCUGGACAACUGUC